AUGAGAGAGCUGGUCAACAUUCCACUUGUACACAUCCUUGCCCUGGCUGCCUUCAGCCUGGCCGAGAAACUUCCAAAAGCUCCUAUCAUCACCACUCCUCUUGAAACUGUGGAUGCAUUAGUUGAAGAAGUGGCCACCUUCAUGUGUGCAGUAGAGUCCUAUCCUCAGCCUGAGAUUGUCUGGACUCGUAAUAAAAUUCUCAUUAAACUAUUUGAUACUCGAUAUAGCAUUAGAGAGAAUGGACAGCUUCUAACUAUUCUGAGUGUGGAAGACAGUGAUGAUGGUAUAUACUGCUGUACUGCUAAUAAUGGAGUAGGAGUUGCUGCUGAGAGUUGUGGGGCCUUGCAAGUAAAAAUGAAGCCUAAAAUAACACGUCCUCCUAUCAAUGUAAAAAUAAUAGAGGGGUUAAAGGCAGUCUUGCCAUGCACUACAAUGGGUAAUCCCAAACCUUCAGUGUCAUGGAUCAAAGGAGAUACCAUACUCAGGGAAAAUGCCCGAAUUGCAAUUCUUGAAUCUGGGAGUUUAAGGAUUCAUAAUGUUCAAAGGGAAGAUGCAGGACAUUACAGAUGUGUGGCCAAAAAUAGCCUUGGGACAGCAUAUUCCAAACUAGUCAUGCUGGAAGUAGAAGCUCUUAAUAUGACAAAUGCAACAGAGAGAGAAGAAAGCGAACCUGAACAAGAUACUAAAGUGUUUGCCAGAAUUCUGCGGGCUCCUGAAUCCCACAAUGUCACCUUUGGCUCUGUAGUGACCCUACGCUGUACUGCAACAGGCAUUCCAGUUCCUACUAUCACAUGGCUUGAAAAUGGAAAUGCUGUGUCUGCUGGGUCCAUUCUAGAAAGUGUGAAAGACCGAGUGAUUGAUUCCCAGCUGCAGCUGCUGAUCACCAAGCCAGGCCUGUUCACUUGCAUAGCUACUAACAAGCAUGGGGAGAAAUUCAGCACUGUGAAGGCUGCAGCCACCGUCAGCAUAUCAGCAUGGAGUAAACUACACCAAGAAGAAUCAGGUUACUGUAGUACCUACAGAGGGGAGGUUUGCGGUGCUGUCUUGGCAAAGGAUGCCUUUGUUUUCUAUAACACCUCGUAUGGGGACCCAGAGGACACCCAAGAGCAUCUUGUCCAAACUAUCUGGAGUGACUUAAAGGAACUGAAUUCACUCUGUCGGCCCCCGAUGGAGUCUCUGAUCUGUAACCACAUCUUUCAGAAGUGCAACCCUGCUGGAUUUAUGCCAACUCCUAAAUCUUUAUGCAGAGAGCACUGCCUGGCUGUAAAGGAUCUGUUCUGCACAAAGGAGUGGUUGACACUGGAAGAAAAAUCCCACAAAGGCCUGUAUAAAUCUGGAUUGCAUCUGUUGACCUUGCCUGAAUGUACCAAGCUUCCCAGCAUGCACAGGGAGCCUAUGGCUUGUACAAAAGUGCCACAUUUAGAUUUAAGAAAAGAUCCCACAACUACAACUUGCUAUCAGAACAAGGGAAGAUUGUACCAAGGUACCAUAAAUGUCACAGUAUCAGGCAUUCCUUGUCAGAAAUGGAGUGAACAGGCCCCCCAAGUACACAGAAAGACACCUCAGAUGUUCCCUGAGCUAUCAAAUGCAGAAAAUUAUUGCCGAAAUCCAGGAGGAGAAAGGGAACGGCCCUGGUGCUUCACGAAGGACCGAGCUGUAAGAUGGGAAUACUGUGCUGUUCCUCUCUGCACCAAUGUCUCCCCAAUGGUAACAGUCAAGCCAAGUGCAGACAUUCCAGACCGGUCUUCUUCAUCUGCAUUUUCACCCACCUAUUCAAUGACUGUCAUCAUUGCUAUAAUCUCCAGUUUUGCAGUAAUUGGUUUUCUCACCAUGACUGUUCUCCUUUGCUGUCGCAGAAGGCGAAGACAGUGGAAAAAUAAGAAAAGGGAAUCUGCAACCCCCACACUCACGACUCUCCCAUCUGAACUCUUGCUGGACAGACUUCAUCCCAACCCUAUGUACCAGCGCAUGCCACUUCUUCUGAACCCCAAACUCCUCAGCUUGGAGUAUCCAAGAAAUAAUAUUGAAUAUGUAAGAGAUAUUGGAGAAGGAGCGUUUGGAAGGGUCUUUCAAGCAAGAGCUCCUGGCUUAAGACCUUAUGAGCCUUUUACCAUGGUGGCAGUGAAGAUGCUGAAAGAAGAAGCCUCAGCAGACAUGCAGGCAGAUUUCCAGAGGGAAGCAGCCCUCAUGGCAGAGUUUGAUCAUCCAAACAUUGUUAGGCUCCUAGGAGUGUGUGCCAUUGGUAAGCCCAUGUGUUUGCUGUUUGAAUAUAUGGCCUAUGGCGACCUCAAUGAGUACCUCAGGAACAUGUCUCCUCGGACAGUGUGCAACCUCAGCCACAGUAACUUGGCUACCAGGGUCCGGCUGUCAGGACCCCCUCCCCUGUGUUGUGCUGAGCAGCUCUGCAUUGCAAGGCAGGUAGCGGCAGGCAUGGCUUACCUCUCAGAGCGGAAGUUUGUUCACCGGGACUUAGCCACCAGGAACUGUCUAGUGGGUAAUAAUAUGGUGGUGAAGAUCGCUGACUUUGGCCUCUCCAGAAACAUCUACUCAGCAGACUACUACAAAGCCAAUGAAAAUGAUGCUAUCCCCAUCCGCUGGAUGCCCCCAGAGUCCAUUUUCUAUAACCGCUAUACGACAGAAUCUGACGUCUGGGCCUAUGGCGUGGUCCUCUGGGAGAUAUUCUCCUACGGUCUGCAGCCCUACUAUGGGAUGGCACACGAGGAGGUGAUUUUCUAUGUAAGGGAUGGCAACAUCCUCUCUUGCCCUGAGAACUGCCCCCUCGAGCUUUACAAUCUGAUGCGUCUCUGUUGGAGUAAGCUGCCUGCAGACAGGCCCAGUUUCACCAGCAUUCACCGCAUUCUCCAACGCAUGUGCGAGAGGGCAGAGGCAGCAGUGGGGGUCUAAGGUGGGCAGAAGUGGAACAAGACAUCUCAUACCCCCCAUUAUCCCUCCUGCCAGUUGGAGAGUCUCAAAGCCAGAAGAUUUCCAAGGCCAGGAUAGGGCAGCUUUAUAGCAGACAUGAAAAAAAUGGUUCCUUGAGGCAUUGAAGAGAGGGGCUAAAUGGAUCUGUGACAAAAUUCGCAUAGUAAAGAGACCACUUGGAAGUACUAGUCUAUUAUAUAGAGGGUACUCUACUUACUCCUCCCACCUAGGGAAAGCUAUCAUCCAAAUUUUAUCAAAGAUUAUUUUAUCCUCUCAUCUCCUCAAUAAUUAACAGCAACAUCUAUGUUUAGUUUCAUUAUGAAAUGGGGGAUUAGUGCUUCGAUGAAAUAAAAUGGCCAAUAAGCUAAAUUCUAAGGGCUACUUUUAUCUUCCUCUUCUAACUCAUUUAGGUUCUUUAAUUUUUUCCCCCCUU